ACUAGAAUGCCCUUGAGGCAAUUUGGGGAAAUUUCACCACUACUGAUCUCACUCACAAACACAAACACAAACACAAACACUGCCCUAAUCUCCAUUUCUCUUCCUCCAAACACACAGAUCCGAUAACACUGCAAUUCAAGCUGAAAGUGUGAAUUGGGCAUGGCGAGCGCUGUGGAUGCUGCAGGAAACCCGAUCCCAACAUCGGCGGUGUUGAUGGCAUCGUCGAAGCACAUUGGGAUAAGGUGCCAUUCGGAGAAUUUGGAGUUUCUCAAAUGCAAGAAGAAGGAUCAAAACCCUGAAAAGUGUCUCGAUAAAGGCCGCGACGUUACUCGCUGUGUCCUUGGCCUUCUGAAGGAUCUACACCAAAAGUGCACGAAAGAGAUGGAUGAUUACGUUGGCUGCAUGUACUACCAUACAAAUGAAUUUGAUUUGUGUCGUAAAGAGCAGGAAGCAUUUGAGAAAAAGUGUUCUUUGGAAUGAAAUGAUGUACUGCUGUUAUCGAAAAUAAUACCUCAGGCGAUUUGGAUUGAGCCAAUGCACCUGUUUCACAAAUAUUCAUGUAAUCUGUUUUUAUGGAUCUUUAUCAUCAACUAUGUUGUUCAUCUGAACUUUUUCUAGAGCAAUGCAUCCAAGCAGGACAAAACAAUCCUCUUCAAACAUAAUAACUGAUGAGAGAUUUUGAAGUUGGAACAUGCUUGUAAUUUGAUUUUUUGUGUUGAAAAUACAUACUUCUUGUGCUUUAUAGAUAAA